AGGGUGGUAUUCUUAUACGUCACUUACUUCAUGAAGAACCAUCUAGGAACUGAUCAGAACCUUAGACAUGUCCACUGCCAGUGAGAGUCCCGCGCGCCUCGGCCAGUUCAAAAACAAGGGGAAAGAUGCUAACGAAUUAAGGAGAAGAAGAAUCGAAGUAAAUGUCGAACUUCGAAAAGCUAAGAAAGACGAACAGAUCCUUAAAAGGAGAAAUGUCAGCAGCCUGCCAGAUGAAGCGACAUCACCACUUCAAGAGAAAAACCAAAAUGCACAGCCCGCGCAGCAUUGGACCGUGGAGGAGAUUGUCAGUGGCGUAAAUAGCCAAAGCCGUGAUCAUCAGUUACAGGCCACGCAGGCAGCCAGGAAGCUGCUUUCAAGGGAAAGGCACCCUCCCAUCGACAACAUCAUAGCUGCUGGCCUGAUCGCUAAGUUUGUAGGAUUCCUUGGGUGCCCCGACUGUCCGCCCAUCCAGUUCGAGGCGGCCUGGGCCCUUACCAACAUCGCCUCAGGGACAUCUGAACAGACCCGAGCUGUGGUGGAUGGUGGCGCUAUCCAAGCCUUCGUCAGUCUGGUGACCUCUCCUCAUCCUCACGUCAGUGAGCAGGCCAUUUGGGCGCUGGGCAAUAUCGCUGGCGAUGGUCCAACCUACAGGGACAAAGUCAUUAAGCAUGGUGCCAUCGAUGCUCUCCUCACUCUUCUUGCAGUCCCCGACUUGGCAAUCUUCUCUUCGGGGUACCUGCGGAACGUCACCUGGACCCUCUCCAACCUCUGCCGCAAUAAGAACCCGGCGCCCCCGCUGCCCGCCGUCCAGGAGAUGCUCCCCGCGCUGCUGCGUCUGCUCAACGUCAACGACAAAGAGGUGCUGGCCGACGCCUGCUGGGCCGUGUCCUACCUGACGGACGGUCCCAACGAGCGGAUCGAGGUGGUGGUCCAGUCCGGCCUGGUGCCCCAUCUGGUGCAGCUGCUGGGCUGCGUGGAGAUCGCUAUCGUGACUCCGGCGCUGCGCUCCGUGGGGAACAUCGUGACGGGGACGGACGAGCAGACCCAGAGCGUGCUGAACGCCGGCGCCCUGGCCAUGUUCCCCAUGCUGCUGCGCCACCCCAAGAACAACAUCCAGAAGGAGGCCGCCUGGACACUGUCCAACAUCACUGCUGGGAAGGACACCCAGAUCCAGGAGGUCCUCAAUGCCGGCCUGGUGCCUUUGAUGGUGGAGGCCCUGCAUGCGGGAGACUACAAAACCCAGAAGGAAGUUGUGUGGGCCAUCACCAACUACACCAGUGGGGGGAACAUCGAGCAGGUGAUCUUCCUGGUGCGGUGCAACGUGCUGGUGCCCCUGCUGGACCUGCUAACAGCCAAGGAGAGCAAAACCAUCCUGGUCAUCCUGGAUGCCAUCUCCAACAUUUUCAUGGCAGCAGAGAAGAUUGGCGAGACCGAGAAAUUGUGCGUGAUGGUCGAGGAAUGUGGCGGCCUGGACAAAAUUGAGGCCCUGCAGUCUCAUGACAAUGAGAUGGUCUACAAGGCUGCCCUCAACCUGAUCGAGAAGUACUUCUCGGAUGAGGACGAGGAGGAUGAGUCUGUUGUGCCAGAGACAACCGAAGAUGGCUAUGCUUUCCAGAUUCCUGAGAACCAAAGCACUUUCAACUUUUAAACAGCACUCCUGUUUUCUUCAUAUCAAUGUCUUGUCUGUAUUUUUGUAUUUGUAUCACCAUCACGCAUUUCACUUGUGUACAUAAGUACAUAUGUUCUUUGUUUUACUAUAAACCCUGUAAAUAAACUUUAUAAAAAAUA